ACGAGUCUGGUGUCUACUGUGCAACACAGCACAACCCUAAACAACAGCGUAAAGGGACAGGCAGGGAAUGACAAGAAGAGCAUCCACCGCCUGACCAAGCUGGCACACGUAGACCAUCAGAGAUCAAAACAUAAACAGAGCAUUCGUCUGUCCUCGUAAAUGUGUCAUGCGCGCAACAGACAGUCAUUAAAUAUCCGGUAAAUCAGGAAUAUUGUUCUGUUGCUCUCUGUAUUGGAGGUUGUCGUCUGACAACGACAAUACAGACUACAGAUAAUAUAUGGGCUAUUGAACUGAGUAAUAUUUAUAUUUCUAGAUAUUAAUGUAGUGCAAUUAUGCAAUUGUAAAAUAGGCUACUGUUGAUAUAAAUACUGAAAUAUGGGUUCUAGAUUAAGCAGACAGAGUAGUCUGGACAAUGAGAAUUUUACGAAAAGGCGUCGCAAGCAUCUUGACAGUACAGGAGAAAGCGACAGAGGUGGAAGUCGUGGCAGCGGCGACUUUCUUUUUACAAUGAUUCUGAAAUCAGACAAACUGCCGGGGAUGCUGCGAAGGUCCAACCACAGUCCCUACGUGAGGCGAGUGGCAUGGAUCCGAGACAUACAAAAGCUGCUCCGUGAUCGCAGGAUAGAUCAAGCAACCGACGUGCUCAAACUAUUGAGGAAGGAUCUGGGCUUGGAAGGCACAUCCCUCAAUGACAUCUUAUAUAAGAACGCUGCUUUUCUCAACCUGGUGGACCCCAUCUCCCAUGAGUUGUUGCUCAGCCUGGCUCGUGAGAUGCAGUGUCCCAAGAAGAAGGAUGCUGACACCAUCAAGUCGUCAGAUAAGAUUUGCAGACAGCUGAUCUACCACCUGACCCCUCACUCCAAGUGGCUCAGACAGAGCAUGUCCAGACGGAAGUCCCAGGCCUGUCUCAAGACAACCCUGCAGAGAAAAGUAUCCACUGACACAGUUGACUUGUCUGGCAUACCUCUCUCCAGUCGAGAUGUUCGCCACGUGGCCUUUUACCUUCAGAACAGUGGGGAUGCAGUGGUGGCUGUGGAUAUCAGUUUCACUGAGCUCCAAGAUGAGAACCUCCGUGUCCUGCUACCGGUCCUGGGGUCUCUGCCCAAACUCAACACCCUGGCCCUCAACGGCAACCGGCUGACCCUGGCCAUAGUCAAAGACUUGACUGAGAUCCUGAAAGACCCAAAGAAGUUCUCCAGCCUGGCUUGGAUUGAUCUGGGCAACAACUUUGACAUUUUCACCAUGCCCCAGCCCCUGUUAGUGGCCCUGCGACGCCGCUGCAGCCUGAAGAGCAGCUUGCCCACCAUCUAUGAGUACACAGAGGGCCAACCCUACUGCUACCACAUGGAGACCUCCAUUGAGGAACCCAGCCACUACGAGGAGGAGGAGGCAGGGGAAGAGGAGGGGGAGGAAGAUGAAGACGAGCUGGAGCCAUGGGCUAAAGGGGGGAAAAAGAUUUCAAAGGACUUCACACUACACUACUGUGAGAGGUGAUGAGUUGAAGUCCCCCUAGCUCGGUUCAGCUGUGUUUGAAAGGCCUUCCCACAGCUUCAAGUUCCUACCUUUCCCAUGUUGCCCUUUACACCAUGAGCCCAGUCACCCAUUGUGGCACGAGGGAUGUUUAGCGCCACACAUUCCAGAGACCAUCGUUCCAACACAGCCACCAAUUAAUCUCUCACCAUCUAUGAGUUAACCCACACAAGACCACUGCAGUAACUGAUUAUGUUGGUGACUUACUGUGUUGGUGGAUGGUGCUCCUGGGAACGAGGUGCAGUUUCAUUGGAGGUGGGCUAGAAGAAUUUAGGAAAAGGUGCUCUCUCUCUCGCCCUCUUAAAGUAGCAGCUGUGGAGCAAAUCCCAAGGACUUCGGAUCAGAUAGCUUGACGGAGGAGCGGCAUAACACUGGUGGUCUAAUGAGCUGCUGUUGGUUUGGAAGCAGUAGGUUCUCUACCAGGACUGUCACCGAGACUAUCCCUGGCAGGCAGGGCCUAGCUCCACAUUGUGUGUUCUCUGUUAAUCUCUCAACAAAGGCUAUGAAACAAGUUCAACAGACUAUACAGCCGACGAACCGUCACGUGAUUCUGGCAAAACUGCUAAGUCAAGACUUUUUGCCCCCCCCUUUCGAAAUGUCCACUUGUGAAUACCUACGUAGAUGUAAAUGAUGACACAAAACAGGGCUCUGUUGUGUUUCCACAGGCUAUUUUAGUGCACUGCUGGUAAAUAAAGCCAUCUUAGAAGACAACCGGUAGGACUCAACAAUAGACUGAUUGUUUGCUGUUGCCAAAACUCUGAGAUUCACCACUGUAUUUAGCUGUUUUAGUCAUUAUCAUUUUAGAACACAUGUGGGAUGAAUGACAGUGCAGACAAGCCCCAAGGGUGGACUUAUUCAUCUCUUUGUAGUGAGGAACGUACCAAAUGGAAUCACAUACUGACACCCUUUGUACUAAUAUGUCGUUAUUAACAUUUAUAUGUGCGUUCGUUUAUUGUGGGAGAAACAUGACUGUUACAUAUCAGUUGUAGGCUAUUACCAGGACUGAUAAUCAGCGGGGUGGGCUGAGUGUAGUGCUGGAUAGUGGUGUUCUAUGAAAUAGCACAUAAUAGUUCAGUUGGGUUUACCAACUACAGCUGAGCUCCAUGCUGUAUUGCACUUUAAGAAAUGUGAGAAAUGGAUUUGACUUCAGAUCCAUUUCAUUCUCUCAUUGAUGCAUAAAGCUUUUUACCAAUUCAUCCUAAUAUCAAUAUCAAUUUUUCACAAUGAUAUUCCAGAGGCUUAACCACACUGACACCAUAGUAUACAUAACCACACUGACACCAUAGUAUACAUAACCACACUGACACCAUAGUAUACAUAACCACACUGACACCAUAGUAUACAUAACCACACUGACACCAUAGUAUACAUAACCACACUGACACCAUAGUAUACAUAACCACACUGACACCAUAGUAUACAUAACCACACUGACACCAUAGUAUACAUAACCAUACUGACACCAUAGUAUACAUAACCACACUGACACCAUAGUAUACAUAACCACACUGACACCAUAGUAUACAUAACCACACUGACACCAUAGUAUACAUAACCACACUGACGCCAUAGUAUACAUAACCACACUGACACCAUAGUAUACAUAACCACACUGACACCAUAGUAUACAUAACCACACUGACACCAUAGUAUACAUAACCACACUGACACCAUAGUAUACAUAACCACACUGACACCAUAGUAUACAUAACCACACUGACACCAUAGUAUACAUAACCACACUGACACCAUAGUAUACAUAACCAUACUGACACCAUAGUAUACAUAACCACACUGACACCAUAGUAUACAUAAAGGUCAUUCAGCAAACUGUUAUUCAUAGAGUCAAUGCAUUAACAAUCAUUGAAUAACUGGAUGUAAUAUACUGGUAUCAUCUGAUUGAAUAUGUGUGAGGGUGUUUAAUGUGUGUUUGCUGUUGUAUAAUGUCUGAUAACUGUUGUAACUGUUUGUAUUAUUAAUCGUAAUUAUUUCAUUGUGAAAAUGAGCACUCUAACCUCUGCUGGAACAAUUAGGGGACACACAAGGGCAAGGUAUUGAUAAACUAAUGAAAUACCGCUAGCAACAAAUGUUCCCCAUUUCACUGACAUUAAAUGUACACUGAAAUGUAGCACAGGAAAUCACUUUUCAUGUACAAUAUGUGUAUGUUUAAAAAAUAUCAAAGGUGUUGUAAUGGUUUUAUGGGACUAUGGUAGGAAAAUACUUUGCUCACACUGUAUAUGUUAGCAUUGUGUGUAAUUGUUAUACUAUUUGUCAACUCUGGGUCAUUGUAUCUGUAUGUGGUGCCAUACUUAGAAUUACAUUUUACUGCCAAUAAAAAGUGACACUAA